AUGAGAAGGUCAUACCACCUCCUACAACACCCUGAUGAGAACGUCCUGCAUUACCACCUCUUACAACACCCUGAUGAGAAGGUCCUGCAUUACCACCUCCUACAACACCCUGAUGAGAAGACCCUGCAUUACCGCCUCAUACAACACCCUGAUGAGAAGGUCCUGCAUUACCACCUCCUACAACACCCUGAUGAGAAGGUCCUGCAUUACCACCUCCUACAACACCCUGAUGAGAAGGUCCUGUCCUACCACCUCCUACAACACCCUGAUGAGAAGGUCCUGCACUACCAACUCCUACAACACCCUGAUGAGAAGGUCCUGCACUACCACCUCCUACAACACCCUGAUGAGAAGGUCCUGUCCUACCACCUCCUACAACACCCUGAUGAGAAGGUCCUGCACUACCAUCUCCUACAACACCCUGAUGAGAAGGUCCUACCGCCUCCUACAACACCCUGA